AUUGCGGUAGCCUGUGGCGGUUGUUUAAUAAAUAAUAAUAAAUGAUACUGAUAACAAAAUUAAAUAUUAGAAAAAAGAAUUCAGUAUAUUAAAUCAACUGAGAAAAUAAUUUACAAUGACAUCGGAAAAGGACCCUUUGGUUAGCGAAAGAUCCGGAACAGUACGUGAAGUAGGAAAUAAUGCUAUUUGGAGUCUAUCCUCCUGCAAACCUGGUUUUGGUAUUGAUCAAUUAAGAGAUGAUUGCAUGGACACCUAUUGGCAAUCUGAUGGUCAAUUACCACAUUUAGUAAACAUUCAAUUUCAACGGAAAACCAUGGUAUCACACAUUUAUAUCUAUACAGACUAUAAACUUGAUGAAAGUUACACACCAAGUAGAAUUUCCAUUCGCGCUGGAACACAUUUUAAUGAUCUACAGGAAAUUGAAGUGAUAGAAUUAAUAGAACCUAGUGGUUGGGAAAUGAUUCCUAUUAAAGAUCUAGAUGAUAGCCCAAUACGGACUUAUAUGAUACAAAUAGCGAUUCUAAGUAAUCACCAAAAUGGACGUGAUACUCACAUGAGACAAAUAAAGAUUCAUUCUCCAUGUGAGCCAACAAAUUUAGACAUUUCUAAGUUCAGCAAAUUUACUACUGUACAGUGCCAGCAAUAUGCCACAAUAAGAUGAUAACUGGGCAAUUAAAUUAUUUAAACUUAAAACAUGUACAUCAAUUUAUUUACAACAUAAUAAUAUAAAUAAACAUUUUUCAUUACUCAGAUUCAUCGCUUUCUUCACUAGCUUGAUUGAGCCACUCAAAGAACUUAACAAGUGAUGUUUGAUUUACAAUUUCACUUUCCUCCUCUUUCAAAUCCUCAUACCAUUCUAAUAAAGAAUCUUCAUCUAUAACAUCUGCAUUAUAGAGCAAAUGUAUAACUUGACCUGCUUUAUCAUUAAGCCAUUCAUUUUUAAUGCAGCUGUCCUGUAAUAAAAUAUAGCUUAUAACCAGUAUUUUAAUGAUAAAUAACAAUGACAUUUGAACUUCUAUUUUUUAUUUAGUUAUAUAAAAAUGUGGAGAAUAAAAAUACUAAAUUAUAGAGAUUCUUAGCUCCCAUUCAAACAGGUAUCAAAUUGAAAGACUUAGAAAAUUAACUGUUAAGUAGAAGAAAAGUAACUGUUAAAUUAACUAUUAUUUAUUAUUUACCUCAACAGCUCGUAGACAGUCCAUUGUUGAUGAUUUUGUCUUAAUAUAGUUAGAUAAAACAGGAUGGAAAAACUUCAAUAUAUCUUUCACUGUGACAAGAACAUUCUUGCUGUCCACCAGAAUAGGCAAACUGAGUAAUGCUCUCACAACAAAGAAAUUGACUUCAUUUAAUUGAAUAUUGUAAGCAUAUCUUGAGGAGUUGAUUUCUAAUAUGAGGUAAUCACACUUUAAUUUCUCUUCAUAACCUCUUGCUAAACUGUCAAUCACCUCUUGAAGGAAAACUAGAAAAUAAAAUUUGUUUUAGUAUACAAUUAUAACAAGUGACUGUUCAACAAAAAGCAUUUGUAUCAAUUAUAAAAUACCUUAAAUAGUAAUUCUAACUUCAAUAUUAAGUUUUUGUAACAGAGAAUGUUUGCACUAAUCAUCAGUACAUGACAUCAUUAGGGUUCUAUUUGAGGUAAGUGCCCAAACCAUACUUGAAAUUAAUGGCUAGCUUGCUUGCUGGUUACUUUUUGGAAUUGUAACAAAUAGAAACUUACUGUUUAUAUCAUCAGGAACUGGUGAAUUACGUAAUGAGGAUUCAGCACUAGAGUCUGAUGAAUAACAUGAUUCACUAUCACUCCACUGUUUCUCAAAACCAACAAACUCCUCAUCCCCAUCACCAGAUGAUUCAUUUUCCCACUCUGUUCCACUUUCAGAUGUAGAUUUAGAUAAUGUUUUUUCUGCAAUAUAGAAAAUGAAGCAACAUAUAACAUAAUGAAAAAAUGUUUUGGUAAUGUUUUAUGUACCUGACCAGAGUUUAAUUAAAUAUUAUGUAUAUGGAU